AUGGCUAAAUUAAUUCAUGCAAAUGAAUUACAAAAUCCUUCGGAGCCAAUCCACACGCAAGGAAGAGAGGGUUCACUUAAAGCUGGAGAGUGUCCAGCAGCAUGUAAUGUUCGAUGUUCAGCAACAUCUCACAAGAGUGCAUGUUUGAUGUACUGCAACCAAUGUUGCAAUAAAUGUUUAUGUGUACCAUCGGGAACAUAUGAUCACAAAGAAGAAUGUCCUUGUUACAACAACUGGAAAACCCAAGAAGGUGGACCAAAAUGUCCUUAA